AUGGCUGACGAAAGACUAGUGGUCCUGAAUCGUAGUGACAACUUAGGAUUCGGAUUUUCUUUGCUUGGCGAAGCCGGUUUGCCACAUAUUAUUUAUCAAAUUGAAGAGAAUUCACCUGCAGCCCGUAGCGGUGAGGUCGAAGCUGGAGACGUAUUGCUCAAGGUUAAUGGGACUGACGUAAACCGGUUCACAACCAGAGAAGUUUUAAAAUGCUUACGACUUUCGUCCGAUCCCGUCACUUUAAGGCUAAAAAAGGAUCCGGAGAUCAAGGCGAAUGUGAGACGGUACAUAUCAGCAGCGACUGAGCGGCGGGCCGCUGCGGCGCGCGCCAAGCACGAGAAGUCAAGUUCGCCGCCUGCUAGCAAUUCAAACAGCAACUCGAAUAGCAAUUCGUCGAGCAACUCUUCAAGUAACGGAUCCGCGGUGCAGUCGGGGGACAGUUGUGAGGCUUUGCUCACGGAGGAUAGGGGGCGGCGGGGGAGGAUCAGCCAGCCGAAAUUCGAGGCGUACAUGAUGACAGGCGACCUGAUACUCAACCUAUCGCGGGUGGAACACCCGCAUCACAACCUUCACGCACCUACACAUCGCACGUAUUAUCAUAGAUAUAAUUCAACGCCGGCGUCGCCAAGUGAAAAUCGUUUGGGUGCGCGAGUGGAACUCAGUCAAAGGCACAAUUCUUCUCCGGAGACCGGCCUAGUCUCAGAUCACGCAAACAAAAUGUUCAUUUCUCAGCCCGCGUCUCCCGCCGGAGGGGGGCAGGCGGGCAGCGAGAUGGCGUCGCGAGCGCAACAUGUCGUGCGGACAUCGCGCUCGGAGGACCAUUUGCAGAAGGAUUCGUCGCUGAGCGCGGUGGCCGUGGAGAUGGAGGAGGACGUGACGUCGUCGCUGAACACGCUGCUGGACGCGCGCCCCGACUCCGCCACGCCCGGCGCGCCCGGCCCGCCCGGCACGCGCUCCGACUCCGACCUGGAGCGCGACAGGAUCGUGUGGACGUACAACGCGCCGGUGUCGUGUGCGUCGGAGCGCACGCACUGCAACGGCUCCGGCGCCACUUCCAACUCCACCUCAAUCUCCGACGGCAUUUCGCAGCGGUCGUCGUCGCCGGCGUCGCCGACGUCGGUGUCGUCGUCGGUGAUGUCGUCGCGCGCCACGCCCCCGCACCGCCCGCCCGCGCUGCUCUCCGCCUCGCAGCACUCGCAACACUCGCACCACUCGCAUCGACCGCUCAACGGUGACAUGAGCUUAUCAGAAGCUGUAUCAAACAUAUCUAGUCCAGACUUCCAAGACCAAGACGACAUGUUCGACACUGGUCGGGAAUGUCCUAGAAUGGAACUCUCUGACCCCUCAGAUUCGGAUUCGACCAUAUUGGUUUCGGAGCCGUGUCACAAACGGGCAAAAUCCAACUCCUCGUAUUCCAAUGAUCAGGACAGUGAUGUUACGCUCAAUGGUGAACAUAAUAAAGACUAUAGAAUAGUGAUACAAGUGAAAGGACCAGACAAACAAAGUGUGAACGCGAGUGAUAGUGUAAAUAAUAACAAUAACAAUAGUAACUUUACACAAAACAGAAAGGAGAAUGGGUAUGGAGGUUCAGACGAGGGAUCGGACGGAGACUCUCUACACUCCUUCCACUACAGUCCAAAAGCUGUGGAUAUACCUUCGGCUGAGCGGCUCGCCAAAAGGCUAUAUCAUCUCGACGGAUUCAAGAAAUCUGAUGUCUCUAGGCAUUUAAGUAAAAACAACGAGUUCUCGCGCGCGGUGGCGGAGGAGUACGUGAAGCACUUCGAGUUCAGCGGCGCCACGCUGGACGAGGCGCUGCGCGACUUCCUGGCGCGCUUCGCGCUCAGCGGCGAGACGCAGGAGCGCGAGCGCGUGCUCGUGCACUUCUCGCGCCGCUUCCUCGAGUGCAACCCCGGUUCAUUCAACUCGCAAGACGCGGUGCACACGCUGACGUGCGCCAUCAUGCUGCUCAACACGGACCUGCACGGCGGCGGCGGCGGCACCUUCCGCCGCAUGACGUGCGCCGAGUUCAUCGACAACUUGGCCGACCUCAACGACGGCGAGAACUUCCCGCGUGACACGCUCAAGCAUCUCUACCACGCCAUACGCACGCAGCCGCUGCAGUGGGCGCUCGACGCUGAGGCAAAUCAAGCGGCGACAACAGAAACUCGAACCACACCAGUCGGGAGUAAUCCCUUCCUUGACGUGCCAGACCAAAGCCGAGCCGUCGAGUAUAAAAAAGGCUACGUCAUGCGAAAGUGCUGCGUCGAUGCUAAUGGCAAAAAGACACCAUUCGGCCGACGUGGCUGGAAAAUGUUCUACUGCACACUCCGGGAUUUGGUACUUUACCUACACAAAGAUGAACAUGGUUUCAGACGGAGUCAAAUGUCGGAUAACUUACACAACGCUAUUAGAAUACAUCACGCGCUUGCGAUGAAAGCUACGGAUUAUACGAAAAAGCAACAUGUAUUUAGAUUACAAACAGCGGAUCAAGCUGAAUAUUUGUUCCAGACCAGCGACUCGAAGGAGCUGUGCUCGUGGGUGGAGACGAUCAACUUCGUGUGCGCGGCGUACUCCGCGCCGCCGCUGGCGGGCGCCGUGGGCUCGCAGCGCAAGUUCCAGCGCCCGCUGCUGCCCUGCACGCACACCAAGCUCGCCAUGCGCGAACAAUUGGCGGAUCACGAGGAGCGGGCUGCCCGUCUGGAAGAAGAACUAGCGUCCUUGAAAAGCGCACGCGACGCCACGCACACACACGCGCCCCAUGCACACACGCGCGAUAAGGAACACUAUCUCAUACAUGAGAUAAAGAGGUAUCGUACGUAUGCGUACGUGAUGCGAGCGCGGGCGGGAGGCACGGGUGCGGACGAGGCGGCGCCUGCGCUACCCGAGCGGCCGCAGCUUCCGCAGCAUCCACAGCACCCACAGCAUCCGCAGCACCCACAGCAUCCGCAGCAUCCACAACAUCCACCACCCUGA